ACCACAAGCUCCACAGAGCGGCUGGAGGACGGUUGCCUGGUGUUAUUAUCAAGCGGCAAGUAUGGCUGUAGCACGCGCUGAUGCGACUUUGCCUCCCGGAGAAGGUAAGGCGAUCCCUACCCCAGAAUCCCAAAGUUUACUCCACCCAGCCGAAUUAAACAGAUGCCUGGUAGAGAGGAGAAGCCUGGGUUUAGAGAUGCAGUUCUGGACCUGUUCUUUUGAUGCGGAGCUGUGGGCGACGCGCAGGCGCGCUGCCUUCUGGGAGUUGUAGUCACGGUGUGCUGUCCCGCUCCGCAGCGGCGCGGCGAGGGCUGUACUGGGGACUUCAGUCCCCAGGAGCCUUCGCGACGCCAGUCGUCCGCGUCCCGCGCUCCCAAGCCUGGCUGGGCGGUGGGCUUCGGGUUGCUCUGACCUUUCUUAAACGUUUACUGUGAAUUCGGAAUGCCUAAAAGGAAUUGGCAGGAUCUAUCUGUUUUGCUUCACGCGUCCGUGUUCCCCCUCGGUUCCAAGAACGUUCAGGAAACAUUUCCUCAGACUCUUCUCCGUAGACUGACUUGGAACACUUGGAAAUGGCCACUGGCCGUGAUAAAAAUCUAGGGGUGAUCCAGAGCCCACAGUUCUCUACCCCUUGUUCUGCAUCGUUGCUGAGCAGAGCGCGAGGUGAUCAGUGGUCAAUUGGUCAGGGCAGGGACUACAGAAGUUAGGUUCAAAUUUACCCUGUGAAGCUGAUAUUCACACUUUGAUUCUGGAUAAAAAUCAGAUUAUUAAAUUGGAAAAUCUAGAGAAAUGCAAACGAUUAAUACAGUUGUCAGUGGCUAAUAAUCGGCUUGUUCGGAUGAUGGGUGUGGCCAAACUGACCCAAUUGCGAGUAUUAAAUUUGCCUCAUAAUAGUAUUGGCUAUGUGGAAGGGCUAAAGGAACUAGUACAUUUGGAAUGGCUGAAUUUGGCAGGAAAUAAUCUCAAGGCCAUGGAACAAAUCAAUAGCUGCACAGCUCUACAGCACCUUGAUUUAUCAGACAAUAAUAUACCCCAGAUAGGUGAUUUAUCCAAAUUAAUAUCCUUGAAGACCCUGCUUUUACAUGGAAACAUCAUCACCUCACUUAGAAUGGCACCUGCUUAUCUACCCAGAAGUCUUGCUAUACUGUCUUUGGCAGAAAAUGAAAUCCGGGACUUAAAUGAGAUCUCUUUUUUGGCAUCUUUAACUGAACUGGAGCAGUUGUCGAUCAUGAACAAUCCUUGUGUGAUGGCAACACCGUCCAUUCCCGGGUUUGACUAUCGGCCAUAUAUUGUCAGCUGGUGCUUAAAUCUGAGAGUCCUAGAUGGAUACGUGAUUUCUCAGAAGGAAAGUUUAAAAGCUGAGUGGCUAUAUAGUCAAGGCAAGGGGAGAGCAUAUCGGCCUGGCCAGCAUAUCCAGCUUGUUCAGUAUCUAGCUACAGUCUGCCCUCUCACUUCUACACUGGGUCUUCAAACUGCAGAGGAUGCCAAACUAGAGAAGAUUCUGAGUAAGCAGAGGUUUCACCAGAGACAGUUGAUGAACCAAAGCCAAAAUGAAGAGAUGUCUCCUCUUUCUCCUAUUGAAACAAGGGUACCCCUUGUACCUGAGCAUUCAAGCCCUGUUCAAGAUUGCCAGAUAGUCCAGGAAAGUGAACCUGUCAUCCAAGUGAAUUCUUGGGUUGGGAUAAGCAGUAAUGAUGAUCAAUUAUAUGCUGUUAAGAAUAGCUUUCCAGCCUCUACACACACUACAAGAUAUUCUCGAAAUGACCUUCACCUGGAAGACAUACAGACAGAUGAAGACAAGUUAAACUGUAGUCUUCUCUCUUCAGAGUCUACUUUUAUGCCAGUUGCAUCAGGACUAUCUCCAGUAUCACCUACAGUUGAGCUGAGGCUGCAGGGCAUUAACCUGGGUCUUGAAGAUGAUGGUGUUGCAAAUGAAUCUGUGAAGGAGCUGGAAAAUCAAGAUUUGGAUAAGGAAGAGGAAAAGGCUUUAUGGGUUUCAAAUGAGGAUUCUGUUCAGAUGCUGAAAAGUAAGAUCAGUUCAGAGAUAAAUGAAAAAGCUGUGUUGUUACCUUGUCCUGCGCCAGCAAUAAUCAGUGCUAUCUUGAAGGAUGAUAACCAAAAUCUUACGUGUGUGUCAUCUGGACAAAAUGUUUCCCAUACAGAGACAGAUAGUGAGGAAACUAUGUCUCAAACAACUUCAGAGAAAUUUCCCUGCAGGAUUUUAACCCAAAGAUCUGUUGCUUUGGGACAAGAUAAAUGUACACUUCAGAAAUUGAAUGAAGCAGCCACAAAGCUUCAAGCCUAUUGGCGGGGCUUUUAUGCCAGGAACUACAAUCCUCAAGCAAAAGAGGUGCGUUAUGAAAUCCGACUGCGCAGAAUGCAGGAGCAUAUUGUCUGCUUGACUGAUGAAGUAAGGAGAUUAAGAAAAGAAAGAGAUGAAGAACAUGUUAAAAAAAUCGUGCAAGAAGAGGCUGUCAAAUUCCUUUGGAACCAGGUAAGGUCUCUACAAGCUUGGCAAAAGACAGUGGAUCAGCAUUUAAUUUCCUGGCAUACUGAUGUUCCUCCUAUAUCAAGCAUUCUGGUACCAUCUAAACCUCCAUUAUUCACCCAAAGUCAUGAGCCUUCUUCUGAUUCAAAUUCUGAUUGGUUCAUUGCACAUGAUGAAGUUCGUCAAGAGAAAUCUUUACCAGAAUUUCCAGACUCUGGUUUUCAUUCCUCCCUAACAGAACAAGUUCACCAUUUGCAGGAUUCUUUGGAUUUUGAGAAAAGUUCCACAGAAGGCAGUGAAAGCUCCACAAUGGGGAAUUCCACUGAUACAGUCAAAUAUGGCAAAGAGCCAGAUGUAGGGGAUGUUAGUGAAGAUUGUGGUGACUGGAGUAAGGAAAGCUCAAAUGAUGAGCAGGAUAAUAAUCUGCUUGAACAAUAUUUAACUUCAGUUCAACAGCUAGAAGAUGCUGCUGAGAGGACAAAUUUUGAUGAAGGGACAGGAGAUAGUAAGCUCCACAUAGGUUGUUCUUUGGAAAAGUUAGAUGCUUUGUCUGACAGUGCUUCCAUAGGUGAGACUCAUGGUGUAUCUCCUACUUUGCAAAAUGAAGUCAGCCAGACGCCAGAGAAUUAUAAAUUAAAUGCAGAAGUCCAAGAACAGCAGCCAGAAUGUGAUUCCACAUUUCAGGAUCUUUCUAAGUUGCCCAGGCUGACCUCAAACUUGUGAUUGAUCCUCCUGCCACAGCCUUCUUAGUCACUGAGAUUGCAGACAUGCAGUGCUGUGCCAGCCAAGUUCUACUUUUUGUAAAGAUUUUCAGAAGAUAAGGCUUUAUAUGUUAUAUUAUUUCCUGUGGUAUGUUUCUUUGUGCAAAGUUUUCAAAUUGGAUUUAUGACAUGAAUAAUAUAAAUGAGUCUGAUCAAUUUCCCAUUCAUAAAAAGAGAAUUCAUUGUUUAAUGUGUAUUUUAUUUUGCCACACCCCUUAUUAAAAGGUAUUUAUUAUACUCUAAUGUUUUAAAUUUUAAAUAUGUAUGAACACUAAUUCUGAAGUGAAACAGAAAGGGUCUAUAAGGAACAUUCUAAACUUUUUUUGUUUUGAGAAGGGUCUUGCUAUAUUCCCAGUUGUCCUUUAACUCCUGGGCUUAAGUGAUCAUCCUGCUUCAGCCUCUGGAGUAGCUGGGAAUAUAGGCAUCUAAAUAUUUUAUUUUUCUUAAUUUUUUUUUUAAUUGUAGAUGGACACAAUACCUUUAUUUUUAUUUAUUUAUUUUUAUGUGGUGCUGAGGAUUGAACCCAGGGCCUUCAAAUGUUGUGGGGCAGGUCACUUAGAAAACACAUCAAGUCCCAGUUUUGUCCAAAUUGAAGAAUCUUUAUUUAGCUGGCCAGCUGGUGACUGCUCUUUGUAGGACCCAUAACUGUCUCUGCAAGGAACAGCCCCAAGCCUGAGCAUUUUAGGAUAUUUAAAGUUAAAAAUCACAUCCGGGUUGACAUAGCUGCAGGCAAGCGGGUACAGAAGCUGAAUUGGGCAGUUAGUGAGACAAUGCAAUGGGUUCAUUGGUACUUCCCACAGGACUUUCCAGGUUGGCAUAGCAGUAAGCAAGCAGAAGGGAAGGGGGUCAAAAGGACCCUAGUUGAGUACAAGUUAGAGAAUGGUUACUAAUGUCUAGACAAUCUCUGACAAGGUACAUUAACCAAGAAAAAUGGAAAGCAAAGAGAACAAUUUCACAUCGUAUAAGAAUUGCUAUUUUGUGUUGCCAAGUGUGCUAUGCUAGGUAACUAUUAAUGGGUACAGAGGUGGGGCUUUCCCAUGGGAGAAGCAUUUCUUUCAUGAUAUGGAGUCUCAGGGUAAAAUGGAGUCUGUUUGGUCAUUGCCAUAUAGCCUGGCCCAUAACAUUCCCCACUGGUUUUAUGGAACUAAUCAAACCAUUGAUUAAUCAUCAUUGGUAUACAGUUGAUUAUAGUGAGUACAGAGGACCAUCUGUUUUACAGAAUUUACUUUUUAUAUAUAUCUUAUUAAACAGUUAAAAAUGCAGGGUCCAAUUAAAAACCCUAAGAGGACAAACAAAAAUGGACUGGCUACAGCUGAUAUAAGAGUAGUUAGCCAAGGGGACCAGGAGAACAAAUUUUGAUACCAGUUUCCUCAUGUUGUCUUGCUUCUUCCCUUUCCUUUAAUCGCUUUCUGAUUAGAGAUAGACUGUCUCUUACCAUUAUUGAGUGAUUAGUAUAGAAGCAACAUGUUUCCCCUAAUGCCAUACAUAGGCUUCCCUGUUUUAAGAGCAAGAGAUCUAAACCUCUUCUGUUUUGUAAUACCACUUCUGCCAGGGAAUCAAGAGAGGUCUCAAGUCUGUUCACUGAUUAAUAGUUCCCUCAGAUCCAAAUCUAUCUGUUUGUUCAGGGCUUUGGAAUUUUCAUUUCUAGUUAAAAGGGCUGUUGUACCCAGGGUCUGAAGAUCCCGCAACCUUUGGGCCCAUUAGUAGGGGAACUAGUAUAGAGGUUGUACUUCUAGGAUGGUAUAUGAGCCCCAGAUGUUUUUGUCUAACUUCUCGUCUAGCUACCAUUAUAGUAGCACACUUGGGGAAUAGUGUGAACAGUCACACAAAUUUGUUCCAUCUUAAUGUGCCAAAAAGCUGUAGGACAAGCAGGGAGUUACUCUUGAUAGGCAGGCAAACCAAAUACCUUCUGGAGCCACACAGAAAUUAGAAGACUCCUGGAGUGUAUUUAAUAAUACCUGGGUGGAAAGACAGGAAUGUCAGUAGGGGAGUUAUGUAUUUGGAAUGGAAGCAUAAGCCUUGUUCUUAUAAGUUUCCUAAUGUUUGACUCUACCUUUUGUAGUCCAAAACCAUAUUACUCAUAAAUGGCUGUUGUUAUGAUUUGAAACCAUAAACAAAUGUCAUGAGAUCUAAAAUCAUAGGCUGAGCAAGAGAAAAAGAUGAUUUAACAUUUUCUGGACUUAAGCUGGCCUUCAUUUUGUGAUUUAAAUCAAUUAUUUAUCUAUUCUGACUGUAAUUUUCCCCUCUAAUGUUAGGGACCUCCUACUGCUGUAAGGAAAAAGGACGAUGACUGCUCUUGGUGCUUUGAGCUGAGAGGGGGCAAUGUGCAGUGGGGCAAGCAGUUUGGAGUCCCUUUUUAGAAAUUGGGUGGGUCAAGGAGUCCAUGGUAAAAAUCUGGUUCAGGAAGAACCGAUUGUAAAUUCACCUGGGGGUGGGCAUACAAAAUAGCAGUUGUAGCAUCUGGAACCUGUCAGUGAAUAUCCUGAAGAUGAUAGAAAUCAAUAAUUGUUUACCAGGAGGUGGAAGACCUGAGAAAUUGUCCCCAUAACAAGGCCUAACAAAGCCUAAUAAGGUCCCUUUUUAGGGAACAUAAAUCUUUAACAUUGUCAGAGUUAAAAGGAAUGUAGACACAACAUUUAGUUAAGUUAGUUAAUGUCAUCUGAUUUUUGUAAAAUAUCUUUUUUAUUGGCAUGACCUCUGUGUUCAGUAGAGAUCCCUUUGUUACUUAGGGUUAGAUAAUACUAGCAGACAUUGAUUAAGUCUACCUGUGUAGGAGGUUAGGAAGAUCUGUAGGCCUUAAACUGACUAAAAACUUCUGGCUCUGGCAGUUUCUAUUGAUAGUUAUCAGGCAUCCUUGCCUAAGAAUCUCUCUUCUGUUGCCUCCAGUCUUACUUAUUCUUGGAGUGCUAACACAAGUGUACAUCUUAAGUUAGAUUAAAAUAUUGUUUUUAAUUGCCCAGGAAUGGCUGUGCUUUGGUUUUAACUGUUUUUGCUAGGUGUUUAGGAUCAAGCUGGUCAAACUGACCUUGCUCCUAUCUAUUGGUAAGAGUCAGCUGAGUUCCCUUGGAGGGCAAUCUUGGGGAAAUCAUGAGCAGCAUUUUAGUGCCAUCUGCGUUAGGAUGGGUCAAGGUCUUGCUGACCAUGUGGCUUCCCUUGGAAGCAUCAGGCAUGUCUCCCCUUUUCAAUAACCCUCCUCUUUUGCAGCAUACACACUCAUUGGCUUUCUGUUCUGUAGUGGUCUCGUUAGUCUCCCUUAUCGGGAGGUUAUGUGGCCCAGAGUUGCGAAACUCUUCUCCUUUUUCCUGGGUUCAGGCUGACUCAGAGGGCAAGAGCCAAAUAUCGGUUUUCUUGGCCCCUUUAUUUUAACCUGAAUCUUUAAGCCUUAGUCUUAAACAUCCAGCAAGUCAUUCUUAUCAGUCUUAAACUAAGAGUACUGGCCUUUAACUUUAAUGUUUAUAACUUUACAGUUAAUUUUUUUUUAGUUGUACAUAACACAAUAAAUUUAUUUAUUUAUUUAUUUAUUUGAUGCUGAGAAUCAAACCCAGUGCCUCACAUAUGCAAGCAAGUACUCUCCUGCUGAGCCACAACCCUAUUCCCUUUACAAUUAAUUUAAUCCCUUUGAAUUACUGUCUACAGCUGGUGGCUUAAUAUCUCAAAUUAAUUUAGGUUGUGUGUUCUUGAAGUUACCUCUGCAAAACAUUAACAGACAUCAAUUAUAAGGAAAAUACAAAGUGAAAUAAACAAUAGUAAAAACCUAUUUAGCUUGUAUAUAAUCUUGAACCUUGGCUGAGUUAUACAUUAUAUCCCCUAUUUGAGAUCACAGUAAUCUUUACAAUGAAGUCAAUCUUUGAAUACAACUUUAAAUCAACUGAAGUCUGGCCUACUUUGAAGUCAUUCUGACAUGCCGUAGGGUGGGAGGUAGAGAGCCUUAUCUCAGCUAAGGCUGGGCUCUUCACAAAUCUUAGGUAAAGUAUUCUAGUUCUGAAGCUGAAAUUUGUCUCUCUUUUUAGAUAUCCUUUUAUAAAGUUUGCAUAUAUUGUUUCCUGAGUCUGUAUGAAAGUUUGCUAACUCAAUGUGACAUUACAUCUAAAACAUGAAUCAAGGAAAGGCUGAGAGCUCUUAACUUUCCUUUUGGGUGGAAAAGUGGCAAAAUGUUUUACAGUAUUAACCUUUAAACAGAUCAGUUUAUCUUUUUUUUUUUGGUGGUGCUGAGGAUUGAACCCAGGGCCUUAGUGCAUGUGAGGCGAGCAUUCUACCAACUGAGCUAUGUCUCCAGCCCCUCUCAUUGUCUUUUAAAAUACCUUUCAAUUUUUGUAUCACAGUGUAAAAAGUAACAUAAAUUUUGGUUACAAAACAUCAAAUGAUAUAAAUAAAUCCCCAAUAAAAUCUGUUAUAUUUAUAAGUUUAAAAUUAUCAUUACAGACAACUUUAAUUUGGAGAACACCAGCUUGUUAAAAUGCUCCUUUAAACCUUUUACCUUGUAUACCUGAAAGAUAUGAACACAAUUAAUAUGUAAAGAAGAGUAAUGUACCACAAUUACAUUGAUGUUUUUAUAGUAACCAAGUUUAGCUUUUAAAGAAAAAUCUAGACUCUGUAAUGUAGAACAAUAUUCUAAAAUGACAGUUGCUGUUUAACUACAGAUGUACAAACCUUAAUUUCUCCAAGAUUAGUUGCUCUAGAGAAUAAAACCUCAGAUACAAUGUAAUUAAUAUAUUAAGAAGUUUUUUUUUUUUUUUUGAGAGAGAGAGAGUGAAUUUUUCAAUAUUUAUUUUUUAGUUCUUGGCGGACACACAUCUUUUUUUUUUUAUGUGGUGCUGAGGAUCGAACCCAGCGCCCCGUGCUUGCCAGGCGAACGCGCUACCACUUGAGCCACAUCCCCAGCCCCUGUUAAGAAGUUUUUGUCAUUUUAACAUAUAGGUCAAACUUUGGUUUUUAUCAGCAUAUUAAUAUUUGUUCUUAGGGAACAACCUUGAAUAGUUUCAACUAUUUGUGUUACAUAUAUAACUAACUUAAUUAUAUAUAAACCUUUUAAUAUUUAUCCUUUAUUAUAGACCUUUAUAUUACUUAAUUAGACCCUCUUAUUGUUUACUUAGAUGUAUUAUAAUUAUACUUUACCACAUAAAGACUUUCUUAAACAUUUUUUCUAAAUAUAUUUUAUAUUUAGAACCUUUUAAUAAUUUUUAAUCCAUUAAUCCCUCUUUGUUUAUACCUUGAUAUAUUGAUAAUUGAUAAAUUACUCCAUUUUAAUAAGAUGAAAUACUUUUGUUAUUUACAGUACGCUAAUUGAAAUGCAGUUGAAACCUCUUGACCCCUUGUGUAUAGAAUUAUACCUAUUGGCACUUUUAACUUUUAGUAACCUUGUUUUUGUGAUGACAGAAAGUAAUUUUAAAUUCCUUUUUUAUUUUUUAAUUUACGAAUUUAUGAAAACACCAAUAAUGUUUAAGUAUUUUACCUUAUGGAGUUUAAGGAGUUAAGAGUACUUGAUAUUAUAUUUAACAGUUAACAUUUAAACUUUGUAAACCAAUCAGAUGUCUGUAACAAACACAUCCAUGAUUAAUUCCAUACAUGUCAGAUCUAAUUUACUUAUUAAAAAAAAUAACAAAACCAAUAUAUCAGACAAAUGCAUUGAACAGCAUUAGACAUUUUUUUCUGUUGAAGAGAAAUCUAGAGACAAUGGAUAUUAGACACUUUAUAGACAUUAACAUUUUAUUAACAACUGUUUGACAUUUUAGAAACAAAACUGUGCAUGACUAACUUUGAAGACAUUUUUACUUUUAUUUAUUUACCCAGUUUAAGUUCAACCUUUUAAAUCAUAUGAAUCAAAGGUAUUUGGAUGCACUUUUUAAGUUUUAAUUUAUGAGCUCAUAUGUCAAUUUUUGGUGCCAGAUAUAUGUAGACAUGGCAGUACAUGUAGAUGGACAGUACACCUGUGCACCUACACAAGACAGACAAACAAAAGCUUUGUAGGUUAUUUUUUAAAAACCUGUUAGAUUGAGAGUUAGCCAUUGUAAAUUGGCCUUAGAACAAAGCAGAGUGUAAUCAGAAAAACAUUAACCUAUGCCUAUCAGAUCAAAAACAUGAAUUUAACAAAUAUAGAAUUUUAAAAGCCUUCCUGGCCUUCGUCCUGAGGUGGUCCUGCUUAUCAAAGCUAAAAAGAGUUAAGGGAACAUAGACAAAUGACGGGACUUAUUCUUCCCUGUAGGAACUUCCCAAAGAAACAGCACGAUUGUCUCCUUGGGAGAGAGUCCCCCCAGGUAGGGUCCCAUUCUAAACUGGUUUUUCUGGUUUCUUGGAUAGUGGCCACCAAAUUUUAGCCUGACAUUGAAAAAUCUUUGAACCAUUUUUAAUAGUUGGGAGUUAUUCAUGCUUGCAAAUACUGAGAGACAAAAGCCAAUUUCCUAGACAAGAUUAUGCUUUUUAUUAUACAAUUUAGAAGUAAUAAUUUUAUAAAAUACUUUAGUCCUAAUCUGCCUUCUAUAGGAACUGAAUUGGCCUCCUGGCCCAGUUCCUAAAUGAAGGCAAUCUCUAGAAUGCCUUUUCAUACCUUUAGCUUUUACUUUUGACCUUUUUUUUUUUUUUAAUCCUGUUGUCAGCCAUUUACAUUUUAAUGCAAGCUUUGGUGAGCACAGUAAAAACCUUUUAAACCAUUUUUUAACAUUAGAAAAAAAAACCCAUAGAAAUUAACAUGAAACAAAAAAGGGACAAACAAUAACAAACAACAAAUAAGAAAAAAACACAAGACAGACAAUAAAACACACAACAGGUAAGGUGCCAAGGACAAAUUUAACUGACAGAAGACCAGAUUCAGACCAGAAGAUUGAGUAAACCAGACUUGGACCAGACAGAAGACCAAGGAAAACCACACUCAGAACAAAGGACUUAGUAAAAACCAGACUUGGACCAGACAGACGACCAAGGAAAACCACACUCAGACCAGAGAACCAAGGAAAAACCAGACCAGAGGACUGGACCAGAGGACUUCCUAGCCCUGGACUCCAGGAAAUAAUGCUGUGUCUAGCUUUUUCUGAGCCUCUCUAGAUCGGACUUACUUUGCUCAGGGAAACACAGAUGACUCUUAGUACUUUUUGUUGGGUGGGGGUUGGUGGAGGGAUGGCCCCAGGCCUGAGGAACAUUUCUCAGAGGCCUUCUCCUAGGCGAUCUCUCCACCACUUCACCUCCCUUGUUGGUCUCCGGGAUGCGAGAAGAGUAGAUCUUGCUGGGGCCUUCAAAUGUUGUGGGGCAGGCCACUUAGAAAACACAUCAAGUUCCAGUUUUGUUCAAAUUGAAGAAUCUUUAUUUAGCUGGCCAGCUGGUGACUGCUCCUUGUAAGACCCAUAACUGUCUCUGCAAGGAGCAGCCCCAAGCCUGAGCAUUUUAGGAUAUUUAAAGUUAAAAAUCACAUCUGGGUUGAUGUAGCUGCAGGCAAGCAGGUACAGAAGCUGAGUUGGGCAGUUAGUGAGACAAUGCAGUGGGUACAUUGGUACUUCCCACGGGACUUUCCAGGAUGGCAUAGCAGCAAGCAAGCAGAAGGGAAGGGGGUCAAAAGGACCCUAGUUGAGUACAAGUUAGAGAAUGGUUACUAACGUCUAGACAAUCUCUGACAAGGUACGUUACCAAAGAAAAAUGGAAAGCAGAGAACAAUUUCACAUCGUAUAAGAAUUGCUGUUUUGUGUUUCCAAGUGUGUUAUGCUAGGUAACUAUUAAUGGGUACAGAGGUGGGGCUUUCCCAUGAGAGAAGCAUUUCUUACAUGAUAUAGAGUCUCAGGGUAAAAUGGAGUCUGUUUGGUCAUUGUCCAUAUAGCCUGGCCCAUAACAGCACAUGCUAGGCAAGCGCUCUACCGCUGAGGCACAACCCCAGCGCUAAACAUUUUUAAUGAUUCUGCUUUCACUGAUAAACCCCAUUGUGCCAUAUUGAAAUUGAAAGUCAAGUAAAUAAAGCACUCCUCACAGCCUUGGAGAGAAAUGGAUAGUUGUCUUUUUUAAAUGUGGUACUUCUUAUCUAUGUAUGAAUAGAAAUCACACUGAAUUUUAAUUCCUUUGUUGAUUUUAAUGAAUAGCAGAAUCACUCUGCAGUGGCUUUGUUUGCUUUCUUACAGAUUUGAUUAUUCUGAAACUUUUUUUUUUCUUUAGUGGUGCUGGGGAUCAAACCUAGGACCUUGCGCAUGGUAGGCAAGUAGUAUACCACUAAUUUACAUCUCCUCCCCCAUGUUUUGUAAUAUUUUUAAUGUUCACAAUAAGAGUUUUAAAAUAAUUUUAUUUUCAACUAUUUUUAGAUUUCUCUUUAAUUUUAUUUUAGAAAUAGAAGAUUUAAAGUGGUUAUAACCUGUUUUAGGAAGGCUUGAUAUUUUGUAUUAUACUU